AUGAUCGACGCGUCAAUGCAGGCGGGUCCCUCUCGCCCAACGGAAGAUCAGUCCCGACAGCAAUAUGCGAAGCGAAAACAAGAAUACAUUGAGCUCGAACGCAACGUCCAGGCCAGCGACGAGCUCCUCACAUCGCUCGCUUCAUAUCUAUCCAACUUUCAAAACGACCUCUCUGCCGUGUCUGGCCAUGUAGCAGACCUACAGCAAAAGAGCGAUGCAAUCGAAGCCCGGCUUCGUGGAAGAAAGACCAUCCUCCCCCCUCUCAACGCCCUCCUCAACGACAUCACCAUUCCCCCAGCGCUGGUCCUUACCAUCCGCGAUACCCUCCCCGCCCAGAACCCCGACCUCUGGCUCACGGCCAUCUCCCAGCUCGACGACAAAAUCCAAAUAUGCCAAUCCCGGGGCAAGGUCGCCGCUGCCCAAGAGAUGGAAUCGGUCAUUGACGGUCUCCGCGCCAAAGCUCUCAUCCAGCUUCCUCCCUUCCUCCUCUCGCUGAUCCGCCCCCUACGGUCUGCGUCCAAGGGUAUCUCGACCAAUCUCGCAGUACUCCAGACGUCGCUACUGCUCAAAUACCAACCCUUCUACGCGUUUCUCCUCCGAAACAGUCCAAAAACCGCAAAGCAGGUCGAGCGGGGAUAUGUCAUCGCGGCGAGAUCAUACUACGAGACGGCCCUCCGUCGAUACACCCGCGCUCUAGCUGUGAUUAAAGCGAGGACGGCGGACAAUGAUACGAUCAACUUGCAGUAUGCAAAAGUGGAGGAGGAGGGUGAGGCGGUGCUUCUGUACAUGGCGGAUGACAAGGAUUUUCGUCUCCCUCUGGAAGGCCUAUUCCGAAGUCUCCUCCUGGUCCUCCUCGACAACGCAUCGGCCGAGUACACCUUUGUCGUCCGCUUCUUUGCCGCCCCCGCGUCGGAAGGACAAGAGCCGGAUCUGCGUGAGGCAGAUCGCAUAUGGCACGAGGUCUUUGAUCCAGCUCUCGAGUCGUGCGACGCCUUUAUCCAAUCCCUCCUCCUCCUCCCUCCCCCCGCAAUACCUCUUCUCACCCUCAUCCGUCUCAACGACCGCGUCAUCGACCUGGCCGAAUUUCGCGGUGCCAACCCGCUCAUCUCGUUUCUGCAAAAGCAAAAGCUCACGCUUUGGCCGCUGUAUCGAAAGGACGUGGACGGACGGGUCGACGAGCUAAAGAGGCUGGUCGUGGACGCUGAAGGCAAGGGUCUGGCGGGCUUCAUGGGGAAAGGCGUCAAGGACGCUGCGGUGCGACAGGUCGCUACCAAGUACGCGGUGCUGUUUAGCGCUACGGUAGCGUUGAGCUCCGAGGCCGACGAUAUGAUGGUGUUCUCAAGUAUGACUCGACUACGCAACGAGCUCGUCAAGUUGAUCAACGUCCAAGCGGGCAAGCUCAAGGCGAAUCAGCAGUCCUACCUGUCGACAAUAUUCGAGGUGGUCAUGCACGAGCUGGUGUCUGGGCCGGGCGCCACGACACACCCCAAGCUGCAGGCGGAGUUGUCAUACUUUCGGACGAGGGAGGAAGAGGCACGAAGAAGAAUAGUUGCAUAG